AUGGCAUCCAGCGGAGCCCUUGCAUUGAGCCCGACUCUCUCCUACAAGUCAAAGCUAAUCAGAGAGCUGUUUAAUGCAUUGCAACCAGACGAAGAUGACGACGUGGUGUACUUUGGCGAGGAUCCACCGGACCUCAAAAAACUAAGGAGGGACAUCAUGAAGAUGCAGAUGGCACAAGACAAGACUUCCGUGGAGUGGAAAUUGCGGCAUAAUCGGCUCUCUUGGAUCCUUGACUUCGUCGAGAAGUGGGACUGGAGAGAGUCUCAUCCUUUGGGCUUUCGACGACUUAACCUUCUAGCGCGCUUUUCUCAGCCGGCCGCCACAAAUGAUCGAACCUGUCUGAAGAUCUUCAGGAAGCACGGGAUUAUUCCAGACGACGCUACCAUGCCCGGAGGUGGCCUCACUCUCGAGAAUCAGAAACUCAUCCAUCAACACAAGGAGGGAAUCAUGCAGCAAGUUGUGGCCAAGGAGGCCAGAAGAUUAGAGCAUUUACGCAAGACCAACAGCCAGCGCCUUAAGGAAAAGUAUAGAGACGCUGAAGAGAUAAUUACCGAAGAGUUGGAAUUCUCAGAUACAGGGCCGAGUGACGAUGAAGAUUCUGCCGAUGAAGCGAGCAAGCUCGAGCAAACUGUUGGAGAGGAACCCGGCAACGAGACCGAGAACGGGGGCGAGAAGCACCCGCGCAAGGAGGCCAUUGCGAAGGACCAAGACAUCGUCACCAAGGAUCCCCAGAUCAAAGACCGAAAGCCAAGCGACGAAGAAUCUACCAAGAGAGUUGCAGCUCCCGAGCAACCGAUCGGAGACAAGUCCCACAACGACGAACAUGAGAAUGAGAAUGGGGCCGCCAUAGAAACAUAUAUCGGGGAACCCGUAAGGGAUGCUAGACCUCACAAGGAUCUCUCAUGGUCGAACUUUAAAUGGAUGAGCGAUUCUGCUUAUCAGGAGUAUCUUCGCAUCGUGGCCGAGCAGUCAAAGGAGAGCGAUAGCGAACCCUCCGCUUCACAGAGCAAUCCACAGACCGACGAGGCCGAUGAUAAGAUGAAUAUUGAUGAGGAGGACUGGGACAAUAUCGGGGCAGGUUGGAUUGGGGGCACGGUCACCUAUGAUGGUCUCGACGAGGAGGUAGAUGACGAGGAGGAAGAUGACUUCGAGGCCACAUGGCUCAUAGAGUGA